ACUUACAUAAUUAUCGCAAUGGUUGUAAAUGCUUAUAUACUCAUUUCGUCUAUUGUUAUGUAUAAAGUCGUUGCUCACAUCCAAGCAAAAAAUGCCGUAAGAUUGGAAACUGACGACAAUCUGCCAGAAAAUUCAAGGAGAGAAGCUAACAGAACUGGAACCGCUUACACUCCUAGAACUUAUUGCUGGAAUACGAAUAGUUCAAGACAUUAUAGUACACAGCCCGAAUUCUAUUCAGAUAGUUCCAAUUCGAGUUGUUGUGAUAAUAGCUGUGGUGAAGAUAAUCAAUCUGGAGGAGGAGGCGAUGGAAGUUGCUGCGACGAUGGAGGUGGAUGUGACAGUGUAGGUGACUACGACGAUGGUGGUGGCUACGACGAUGGUGGUGGCUACGAUGAAGGUGGUGACUACGACGAUGGUGGUGGCUACGACGGAGGAUGUGACGAUGGAGGAUAUGAUUGCGGAGGAGGCGAUGAUGACUGAAUGUUCAACUGCCGUCAUCUUUAAUAUACAAAGAUUAUUUUACUAUGAAUAAUAAUCUCGAAUAAAUCAAAUGAUAACAUAAAACCAAUUAAAACCU